UUAUACGGUAAUAAUUGAUAAAGGUGUUUUUACAUCAUAUUAGAGGUAAAUCCCUGCAGCACGGAUAUGUUGAAGUGAUAAAUUUUGACGUUUUUGUUCUCAUUACUGAAGGCAGUGCGUUUUGCAGAUUCAAGAUGGCCGCUUCCAUCCAAAUAUUUGGACAUUCAUUUGUGAAACGUCUGAAAGGCUUUCUACGCGAUCAAGUACAGCUGCGUUUCAAUUUAAAUUUAUCUUCAUCUCCUCUGGUACAAUAUUCUGGCUAUUCCGGAGCAGUGGUCGGCACAUUACGGUCAAAUUUAACGGACAUUCUGGAUUUUUUGCCUGAUAUUGUUGUUCUAUUGAUUGGAACGAACGAUCUCUUUAGUCCAGAGGUAACGGCAGUUUCCCUCACGUCAUCGAUUUUAGAUUUGGUUGACAGUCUUAUAUUCUUAUGUCGAGUCAAGAAAGUAGUGGUCUGUCAAAUUCUGCAUCGACAACCGACCUCCACGGGCAGGUACAGAGUUGACACAGAAUGGUUCAACAACCGGGUCGAUGAGACGAAUCAUUUGCUCUCUUCCAGAAUCCAAAUGCUUCCACAUGAUCACGUCAUUUUCUGGCGCCUCAAAGGGUUCUGGUCACCAGAGGCUACAAAACAGUCCUUUUCCUUGGAUGGAGUACAUUUAUCAGAUGUGGGCCAGAAGAAGUUAUAUUCAAACAUCCGUGCUGCAGUGGUGCAUACAUUGAACAAAUGGCUUCUAUAAGAAUCAAGAUAUGUAUAUGUUUUAUAUUUCUCACUGUUCGCUGUUUAGCGAUGAACUUUCAAGUUGAGAACUAUAUACAGCCUUUUAUAUCAUUUAUAAAUCUAAUGUAUACAGUUUAAGUCACAUCUACAAUAGUUUAAGCUACUUUACUCUUUAUUUCACAUACUGAUAAUGUCUUAGUGGUUC